AUGCAUAUAAAAUCCAUGAUGAUGAAGGCGUUGAAGUCGAACUGGGCUCGAGACCUUCUGAUGAAGAUUGCCCGACAAGGUCCGAUCCCCCAUCACGUCGCAUUCAUCAUGGACGGGAAUCGGCGAUUCGCGCGAGCGCACGGUAUGCCAAUUGAGCAGGGUCAUGAACUCGGGGCGGCAGCAAUGAAAGAGGUUGUAGAAACCGGCUUUAUCAUCGGGAUCAAGGUGAUUACACUAUAUGCGUUUAGCAUCGAAAACUUCAAGCGACCGAGAGACCAAAUCGAGGCCAUCAUGGCUCUAUUACGAGAGCAGAUCGCCAUGUACUCUGCUCCCGGCGGAUUUGCGGAGCAGUUGGACUUUUCAAUUCGGGUGUUGGGCCGCUUAGAGAUGUUGGACGAAAAGACUAGAGACGCAGUCGAGAAGGCAGUUGAGGCGACGCGGAAUAGGAAAUCAAUCUUGAACUUGUGUAUGGCGUACACGUCGCGCGACGAGAUGAUAAGAGCCAUGCGACGGUGCGUGGAGGAGUAUCCUCACACAGCCAUCACGGCGCAAUCGCUGUCGAACAAGCUGGACACGGCGGACAAUCCGCCUGUCGACCUCGUAGUCCGAUCGUCGGGUGUGUAUCGCCUGAGUGACUUUCUGCUCUGGCAGUGCCAUGAGGAUACUCAGAUUCAGAUCAUGGAUGCGACGUGGCCGGAGAUUGGGGCCUGGGAGCCCUUUAUGGUGUUGCUGAGAUGGCAGAGAAUGAAAAUGUCCAGCAAAAGGCGUAGCAGCGACUUAGCUACAGCUAGAUCGCAGGUCAUGGCCAGCUCUUCCAUCUGA